AUGAGCCACAAGUACAUCUUCAAGUACAUCAUCAUCGGCGACAUGAGCGUGGGCAAAAGCUGCCUGAUGCAGCGCUUCACUGAGCAGCGCUUCCGCAAGGAUCUCCCACACACCAUUGGUGUCGAGUUCGGCACGAUGAUCGUCGACAUCAGUGGUGAGGCGGUGAAGCUGCAGAUAUGGGACACUGCAGGACAGGAGCGAUUCCGCUCUGUCACGCGCGGCUACUACCGCGGCGCGGCGGGCGCGCUGCUGGUGUACGACGUCACUCGGCGGGAUACUUUCUCACACGUCGGCACGUGGCUGCAGGACGCGCGCAGCAACACGAACCCGCACACAGUGAUGAUUCUCGUCGGCAACAAGUCCGACCUCGACGAAGAGCGCGAGGUGUCGUACGAGGAGGCGGCGAAGUUCGCGGAGGAGAACAACCUGCUAUUCGUCGAGUGCAGCGCGCUGAAUGGCGAUAACGUGGAGCAGGCGUUCCUGUCGACGGCGCACAAAAUACAUGAGGAGGUGAUGUGUGGCAUAUUGAACCCUACCGACCCCGACAGCGGUGUGCAGCUGCACACCGCCACGCUGCCCAGCGCGGGCGUGCCGGCGAAGGCACCGGCGGUGCAGAAGAGCGGCUGCGAGUGCUGA